GCAGGCUCUAACUCCAUGGCAUGGGUUAAGAUGUUCAAAAAACCCGGAGGGGGCAUGAAGAAGUCCUACCAGCCUGGGAGCAUGCUGUCACUCGCGCUCACCAAAGGCCUGCUGAACGAGCCCGGGCAGAACAGCUGCUUCCUAAACAGCGCUGUUCAGGUGCUUUGGCAGCUGGACAUUUUCAGGAGAAGUCUGAGGCAGCUCACGGGUCACUUUUGUCUCGGGGAUGGCUGCAUCUUCUGUGCUCUAAAGAGCAUAUUCAGCCAGUUCCAACAGAGCCGAGAGCGUGUGCUUCCCUCCGACAGCCUGCGGAACGCUCUGGCUGAAACCUUUAAGGAUGAGCAGCGCUUCCAGCUGGGUCUGAUGGACGAUGCUGCCGAGUGCUUUGAAAACAUCCUGGAGCGAAUCCAUUUACACAUCGUCUCAGACACAGCGACCGAUGCUUGUUCUUCCAAAUCCUGCAUCACACAUCAGAAGUUUGCAAUGAUGCUUUAUGAGCAGUUUGUGUGUCGCUGUUGUGGUGCAUCUUCAGAUCCACACCCGUUCACAGAAUUUGUACAUUAUGUCUCGACAACUUCUUUAUGCCAACAGGUUGAUCGAAUGCUGGGUAAGAACGAGCGGCUCAGGUCUGACAUGUUUGGAGAAUUGCUGCAGGCAGCAAACAACACAGGGGACCUCCGCAGCUGCCCGAGCGACUGUGGUCAGAGCAUCAAGAUCCGCCGUGUGCUCAUGAACUGUCCAGAGAUCGUGACCAUAGGAUUUGUGUGGGACGCCGAGCAGUCGGAUCUCACGGACGAUGUCAUCCGGUCGCUUGGCCCCCGGUUGAACCUGUGUGGGCUUUUCAACCGGGUCACUGAUGAAAAUGCCAAACGGAGCGAGCUACAUCUGGUGGGGAUGAUCUGUUUUUCGAGUAAACAUUACUCAGCUUUUGCCUAUCACACCAAAUCUUCAAAAUGGAUGUUUUUUGACGAUGCUACUGUAAAGGAGAUCGGAUCCAAAUGGAAAGACGUGGCCUCGAAAUGCAUCAGGGGACAUUUCCAGCCUCUUCUCUUGUUUUACACUAAUCCUGAGGGAAGUCCAGUGUCCAAUGAAGACGCUCCGAGACAAACCACAAUGUGUCCCCGCUACAAAGGCCAAGUAAAUGGUGACGUGACGGUGAAACAUCCCAUCGGCAGCCCUCACAAAUACCAGGAACCUUUCAUGGAGAAUUUACAGCGGCCUGGUGAAACCUCAAGAAAGGAGCGAGGGCAUCGGAGAGCGGAUCCGUCGCAACACAAAGAGACGCCACACACGACGUCUUCCUCCCCUCCAGAGAACGGACUGAGGCCUUCUGCAGACCACAAAUCCAAAAGCCACCAACGCACUGAGAAGUCAUCGAACCAUUCGAGCCGAGGGUCCCAGGAGCCUCGUGGACAGUCUGUGGUUACGCAGGGCGGGGGGCAGAAAAACAACCCCCCACAGAGCCGCUACGACCAGGACUGCUGCCAGGAGCAGUGGGACAGGGGGGGAGGUGGAGGAGGCCGCAUCAAAUCCAAGUCCACCUGGAGACCCAUCCGGGAGGUGUUAAACGUGGACACCGUGCUGAACGAGCUGGAGCAGCGACGGCAGCAGCAGCAGGACAGUCCCCGGCGCGGCAGGCCCCCCCCGGAGAGGGUGACCGCCGAACCAAGUCGAGACCGCGAGAGGGAGUUUGUACGAGCUCGAGAAGAUCGGAAGCAGCAGAAGUGUUUGAUGACCAUCUACGAGGACGAGCAGAGGCACGAGACCGAGAGCCACAGCUCCGUGGAGUCGGAGAGCAGGGCCAGCCAGCAGAGGGGGGGGCGGCUGACGGGCGGCCCCAAGACGCUGCUGCGGAGCGAGACCUGGAUCAUUCAGAGGACGGAGUCUGGAUACGAGAGCAGCGACCGGCUCAGCAGUGGCUCUACCAACCCGGACUCCCCGGGGGUCGAUGGCUUUGCUGUCAAAGACCAGAGAUCAACACCAGAGGCACAGCUGCAAAGCCUGCUGCAUCAGAAAGGAGACGACGCAAAGUCGAGUACAGCGUCGUCACCUUCACACAACGGUAAACAUCAUGCCAAACCUCAGGGAAAGAACCAUGACCAAGUUUCACAUUCACAUCUGAAGUGCAGUCCAAGUUCAAGACGGAAAUCAAAGUACACGUCCGGCACCUCCAGGAAAGCUGUGUGUUCCGAGCGGGACUCCCCCGGCUGUGACAACUGGCCGUGUGAUCAGCAGGAGCUGGCGAACUGUAGAGAGAGUCCGGCUCUGAGGCACAUCACCAAAACCAGCAGCUCCGAGUGGAACAGCUCCGACGACCUCGCUCUCUCCGAGUCCGAGGACAGAGAGAGUACUUAUCGCUCCAGCAACAGCGAGGCCGCCGCCUCCGAUCCCCAGUGUCCUCACCUGACGCUGCCCUACCAGCCUCCCUGCAAUGUGACCACAGAGCCCCUGAGCAAUCAGCGUCCGCUCAGCACCGGCGGGUCGCCUCACCUCCGACCCCCCCAGCGGACCCAUCCUCACCAGGCCGAGUCCAGCCACACAGCGUUUCGCCCGAGGAUGCUCCAAGAACCCUCACCGCCGAGUCCUCGUCUUCCCUCCACGUCCUACGUCUGUCCUCUCAGGAGGCCCGACCUGUCCGGCCUCCGAACCUUCUCAGACGCCAGCUCCAAGUCGGGCUCUGACCCGGAGAGGAGCACGCCGUCGUCCUGCGACAGCGAGGAGAGACUCGUCGGGAGCAGAGCGGAGCAGGCGGCGGCGGCGGCUCAAGAGGUUUCUCGGACAACAUACUUCACCGUGGAUAACUGCAUGACGGAAACAUACCGUCUCAAGUACCACAACCAGAGGCCCCUUGUCCUCUCAGCCACGGUGCCGCGGACAGUGGUCACGACGGAGCGCAGAGAUACCAGCCACACACUCCCCCCCGACACACACUCACAAGAUGUGCCAAAAACCAGACCUGAAACAAGCCAUAAUAGCAAUAAACCCACUGCAAAAUGGAACCUGGUGACGGCCAAGGGACUGGAUGAUCGUGGUUUCUUAUGA